AUGACCGUGUGGCAGCGUCGACCACUUCACCACGUACCCGGUCCAUACAUCUUCUAUAUAUGGCCUAACUUCUUUGUAUUUCAGGAUAUUCAAACUAUUCCCGAUAUAUCUAAGUUGAGAUGGAAAAGCACUGUUAUUAAAGGACAAAGUCUUGAUUCAGGGGGUGAAACAUAUUUUUGGAUUAAUGCUCAUCCGCAAGUUCGUAUAAAAGGCAUCUGGCAAACACCUUAUGGCAUAGACGGUGAUCUAACGGGUUAUCAGACUCAAUAUCAUCGUCAACCACCGCAAAUGAUUGAAAAAAUUAAUAGAAAUCCAGAUCUUUUCCAACUGAUAUGGCCACAAGAUCCAAUCAUAGCAAAAACUUACGAUCAUGGUAUCAUAGGUGACUUCCACAUUCUGCAUUAUAGAGCUGGUAGUAAUUGGAACCAUGCAAGUCAUAGUGUUGCGGUCCAAAAAUGGGCUAGAAUUAAAAGUGCAGUUACGAAAGCUUUAAGCGACAAGAAAAGUCAAAAUGAUAAGGAACUUGCGGACUAUCGAAAGUGUCAGCAGUAG